CAGCGUACUCCAGCAUCGCCAUCUUAUAUAUAUAUUGCUUUCAUCCACUUACUUUUCUACUUAUAUUCUUAGACGAUUUUCCCACCCUGGUCACCAACGGAAAUAUCAUCCGCGUCUCUCUGCCGACUCCAUGAAUACACUAUCUUUCCAUCGUGGCUUUUGCUCACAUUAAAUUUUCAUCUUCCUCGCUCUAUCUCUCUCAACGUGACCUCUUCUAGGGUCCAAGAAGUCCCGUGACUACCCCACCACCACUGCAUCAACAUACCACUCUGUCGAUAUAUAUCUCCAGAUACAUAUAUAAAUCAUAUACAAUGCACGCCAUGCCCUCCAAAUUUGUCGAAAUCCUCGAACCAGAGGACAUUUCCCACCUCCGACGCUCCGCCUCAGACGUUCGACUCGAAGACGUACUCGCCGACCACGAAGCCAUCGUCGGCCGUCCACGCUCAUCAACCAACGACUCCGCCAAAUCCAAAACAAGUCUCGACGGCGGAUCAGCGCGCUGGAAGCGACUGAGCAAUAUGCUCGUGGCGACGAAGCGGUAGCCGAACGAUCGUCUUUCUUAUCCACGAGCAGGACUCGCGCGAAAACGACGCCAUCAAAGUGGACAUGAUUAAUAUACGCGAUUUGAUUUCAUCAAGCGAAGUACAUAUAUCUUUUGCUAUUUUCGGAAGCUGGCUUUGAAACCGUAUUGCAUCGGAAAAGAUCGAGGAUGAAAGGAAGGACAGGAUAUGAAUACGGAUACGGAUACGGAUAUGACGCCGAAACGAGGAACACACGUCUGGACGACUUCCUACCUUGACGCUUAUGUGGAUAUCUGAUUUAUACUACCCAAUGAUUGAUCUGUUGUUGUGUUUUGAGCCUGCACUAUACUGUACUAUAUUUUAGACGACAUACUGGGUGUAUUCCACACGCGUAUGCAAAUAUAUUUC